AUGACUUCUCUUACUAAAACUACCUACCAAGCAUUUGCAUCCCCGAGGGCCCAGGGCAAUCCCGCAACGGUGAUAGUCCUGCCCAAGUCAGAGGCCGGCACAAAGGAUGACAAUAACGCAUUCCCAUAUGAACUGUUCCCUCCCACGUCAAAGCUCCAAGAGACAGCGACAAGCAUCAAUCUCCCAAUGACAGCAUUCGCACUCCCACUCGAUCCGGAGAACGAGUCAGCGAAAGCCCACUACGCCGUUCGAUGGUUCAAUCCCGUAAACGAAGCGCCGCUCUGUGGCCAUGCGACUCUCGCCUUGUCGCAGCAUCUGUUUAGUACUCUUCCCAAUGCGCCGCAGACACUGAGGUAUCUCACCAGGCUUCAUGGUGUUGCCUCUGCUUCUCUCAACCAGAGCCCAUUUGAGGAUGCGAAGCUGGUUGGCAUUGAGUUUCCAGAACUGCUUGACCUUCCCGCCGUGGCAAAAGAUAGCAAGCGAUGGGGAGAAUUGAAGGGUCUGUUUGAAGUUGCCUCUGGUUCGAAGUGGGAGGGUAAGGGAGGGCCAGUUAGUGUAUUUGAGCAAGAGCAGUAUUUCUUGCUUGAGUUUAGCCCUGAGCUGGACUUGAAGGCUCUGGAGUUCGAUGCCUCCAAGCUGGCUCCUCUGAAUGGCUUCAUCUACAUUUUCCAAGUUUCGACAAGCUCUUCAGAGCACAUCCAUACUCGAGUUAUCAACUGCAUAGCAGGCAACAAUCAUGAAGACGCUGCGACUGGCUCUUCUCAUCGCGCCAUCAUCCCUCAUGUCUUGUCAAACGCUGAGACUACUGCUCGGCUCAAGCAACACCACCCAGACUUUACUGGAAACACGCUGCGAUCUUUGCAGCAGUCGAAAGAAGGUGGUGAAUUGACCGUUGAGUGGCUUCGAGAUACGAAGUCCGUGAGGAUCAUGGGUAAUGCUUUACGUACCGGUGAGACUAGCAUCGAGAUCUGA